GUCGCGGGAAACAGACGAGGCGCGACUGGCGCGCCAUCUGCCGAACACACACAAACAGCAACAGCUGCAGCACAGGAAGCGGUUCCUUCGGUCUGUCGGCCAGCUUAUUCCAACUUACUGUCAUCACAAAGGCCUUAAAGAUGGCCGUAAACGUCUACUCGACAAACGUGACGACGGAGAACCUGAGUCGGCAUGAGAUGCUCAACUGGGUAAACGACUGCCUUCAGCUGGGCUAUUCGAAGAUCGAGGAGCUGUGCACCGGGGCUGCGUACUGUCAGUUCAUGCACAUGCUGUUCCCAGGCAGCGUCAUGCUCAAGAAGGUCAAGUUUCGCACCAACCUCGAACACGAGUACAUCCAGAACUUCAAAGUGUUGCAAGGCUCCUUCAAGAAAAUGAGCGUCGACAAAAUCAUCCCAAUAGACCGGCUGAUUAAGGGGCGAUUCCAGGACAACUUUGAGUUCCUGCAGUGGUUCAAGAAGUUCUUCGAUGCCAACUACGCGGGCAAUCACUACGACCCCGUUGCUGCUCGCGAGGACUUUGGAGCCACCUCCAGUGUCUCAGCGAACCCUGACGCCAGGGCUAAGCCUGCUCCACCUGCCACCACUACAAGCAGAAGUAAAACCGAACGAACCGGAUUUUCCCGAUCGUUACUCAUUGGUUCGAUUGAUAUUCCAGAGGUGAGCAGUGGAGAUGCUCCAGCGUCCAGAAUUCAACCCAUGAAGAGAUCUAACGUCGGAGCAGGAGGCGCUGCCUCGGAGAGCAAAUUAUCAGAGCUCACGAGUCAGUUGGCCGAAAUGAAGCUGACGACGGAAGCGUUGGAGAAGGAACGUGACUUUUACUUUGGCAAGUUGAGGGACAUUGAAGUUUUGUGCCAGGAAGCUCAACCUGGCGAUGACACCCUUGUCGACAAAAUUACUCAGAUCCUCUACGCAACCGAGGACGGCUUCGCACCUCCUGAAGAAGUUGAAGAGGAGUACUAAUAAGCACGCCAGUUGAAAUCAUACGCAAAGAAAUUAAGCUAAUGCAAAAAGAAAAUUCCAACUGCUUUUGCACGGCCCUUGAUGCCUGGGGCCAACAAAAUUUUAACUUGAGCAUUAUCUCUCUCUUUAAUUGUAUUUAAGCAAAGUAAAAUAAUAUACUUUUAAGGACUGUACAUGUCACCAGUGAAUACGAGACGAGUGGAACUAAUUAACCCCUGAUUCGUCGGCCGGUCGCAAGUCCUGGUAGAUAGAGUUAGCGCCUAUUUAUUUGUUCGGUUUUUGCUGCUGCCCAAGGCUGAUUUGCACUCUGCAUUUUAUCCGCGACCCUCUGUGAUGGACUAGCAAGCAAAUUCGUUGACUCGAAUCGGCCUUUGCAACUUUUCUCUAGGUUUAAAUGGUAAAUAACUAAAUCUCAUCAGUUAGACUAGAGCUCUGCUUGCUUGGCACGAGGAUUUUGGUGGCUUUGGCGCUCAAAUCCUCGUUUCUUGCGAGCGGAGAUUUGGUUUGCUCACACUCCUCACCUCGAUUGAAUUUCCUGCAAACAAUUUUCAAUCAUUGGCUGCAUUGCAUGUAUGAUAUUUAAUUGAGCAAGAAUGAAGGAGACUUUUGUGCCUGUGGAAAGUCCGGUUAAAACCGAUGAAUGUUUUUGAGUAAGGAGUUGAUUUUCCUGUUGUCCACUCGAGAUUCCGUAAGCAAAACUGAAUGAUUAAAGUUCUAUAUUAUCAAUUUCGCGAUUGAAUAUGAUGUGUAUUGUUGCUGAAAACUUGAAAUAUAUUCAAAUAUUCUUUUCA